GGCUUUUAUUUGGGGAUCUGGCAACCUCUCAUGCAUCAGCGUUCACGGUGAACAGAAUUUGCACGGGUGAAAGCUUUUGUCCGGAAAAACAGCAUUCAAGAUGGGUUGCGCUGGAUUCACCUGCUCCAAGAAUUCCCUGUGCGCGCUCAACAUCCUCUAUGUUAUGGUGAGUUUGCUGAUGAUCGGCAUCGCCGCCUGGGGCAAGUGUUUUGGGUUGGUGUCGAGCUUCCAGGUGGUGGGUGGCAUCAUUGGAGUGGGGGUCUUCCUCUUCUUUGUUGCCCUAGCUGGACUUAUUGGCGCCAUGAAGCACCACCAGGUUCUGCUGUUCUUUUACAUGAUUAUCCUUUUCCUGGUGUUUGUAGUUCAGUUUUCAGUGUCCAGUGCGUGUCUGGCUAUCAAUGAGGAGCAACAGAAUCACCUUUUGGAGGUGGGCUGGAAUAACUCUCUGACCACUCAGAGGGACGUGGAGAAGAGUCUGAACUGCUGCGGUUUCUCCCACAUGGAUAUCAAUGGAAGCUGUGCAGCUACCUGCUUUCAUUACAGCACUUGCACCACAUGUGCUGCAAAGAUCCAGGAGCACGCCGGCGAGGUGCUGCGCUUUGUCGGAGGGAUCGGCCUCUUCUUCAGCUUCACUGAGAUCCUGGGGCUUUGGCUGACAUACAGGUACAGAAACCAAAAGGACCCACGGGCGAAUCCCAGUGCCUUCCUGUAGGUUUGAUUCUUAUGCUGGAUUCUCUGGGUUUGUCGUCUGACCACUGGAUUUCUCAUUGGAGCUAUUAAAGAGAGUGCGUUUGCUUUUACUGAAGAGGAGACCAGCCUGCGUGUUCUUGCUGCUAUACAUUAUUAUGUGCUUGAUUUUUCAAGAGUACAGUGUGACGGCACUGUGUUGUACGUAACGAGGCUGUACUUAUGCUUGGAGAAUUCCUCUCAAUGAAAGUACAGAACACCAAAUACUAGUAUGCAGUACUUACACUAAUGGGGUAAACAACAAAGACCAGCUGAUUUUAUGUUAACCGUUUUAUUUUAUGUGGUAAAAAACAUUAACAGAAAAUGAGCUGAUGUGAUCAAAACAUGCAGUGUGUGAGAGCAUGGCACUAUUUAUGUUGCCAGUUUAUAUAUACUGACAAAAUCAAAAAUGUAUCCAUAUCAAUUCCACAUUGAUUUAUUAUAAUAAAUGCACAUGUUAUCAAUUAGCAUGAA